ACAAAAUACAAGUUUUCUGCUUUAGCGUCACGAGGAAAAAAAUAAGAUUGAGAGCACUCCUUCUAACAUGAUGCCUAUCGCUGGAGGCAUGUCCCAUAUGAUACCCACUCAUGUUCUGAGAGUCGGUCAAACUAUACACCUGGACCCGGAUCAGGAGGUAGUCACUCACUGCUCGCAAGCUAGUGAGCCCAACAGUCGCCAUGAUGAAGUGGAUUUUAACAUUUCCCUGGAAAACCUCAACCAGCUCAUGCUGGAACUGGAUCCAACCUUUGAACCAAUUCAAGUCAACAAAAACCAUCCGUGCAUCAGUCCAGCAGGAGAAGGAUACUGCUCCACAUCCACUGCGUCCCAAAGUAUUCCGAUCCCCAGGCCAAGCAGCAUAAGUUUCAGCCCCUCAGGCACACUGGUCUUUUCUGACUCUGGCUCCUCUUCCCGGCCUCCGCUGCCAUGUGGACAUGCAUCCAAACCAAAUCCCUCAAUAAGACAAGAUCUAUCCUGUUCCCAAGGCUCCAUACGCUUAUCUUACCCAAAUAGGAACAGCGCUGCUUCGCUACUCUCUACAUCAACAUGUUCAGAUACCAGCUACAUCCUUGGGAGCACUCUGUCUUUGGCCAGCGAAGAUGCAGAUGGUCUUGGGUCAUUCCUCCCUCUCAGCGAUGGGUGCAGGAUGAAGUACCAAGAUGGGUCAGAAAAGCAGGGACAGGAGAUGCCAACCGAACACUCCAUGAGCAGUCCUGAGCAGUCACUUUCUGGUUCUUUCACUGAUAUUCCGAUGUUGCUGAUCAAUGGCUUACCACAUCGCGACAAUAAAAAAUCCCCGACUUCUGAAGACAAAGUAGCACCAAAACUGUUUCAUCACAGUUCUGAAGCCCAUUUAAGUGGGAGUCAUUCAUCAAUGAAAUUCGUUAUGGACUCUUCAAAAUUUUGGUUUCGGCCACAUAUAAGCAGAGCAGAAGCUGAAGCAUUUGUGAAGGACAAGGAGCCUGGAACAUUUGUGGUGAGAGACAGUACCACAUACAGAGGAAGUUUUGGUCUUGCCAUGAAGAUUGACCAAACAGUAACCAGUUCUACCACAUCUGCUGAUAUGGGAGGCGAGAGCAGCUCUCAGUUUGUCAAACACUUCCUAAUCGAAUCAACAGCAAAGGGUGUCCGCCUUAAAGGCUCUUCUCAGGAACCGUACUUCGGAAGCCUUUCUGCGUUGGUGUUCCAGCACACUAUUUCCCCUUUUGCUUUACCCUGCAAAUUACUGCUCCACUCACAAGGAUUGAAUGGAGAAGAAGAAAGAAUGAAAGACAAAUUACCCACUGAGGAAAAGAAGGGAACAGCUUGCAACUUCAUCUACCUGAAUGCUGUCCCAACUGAGAUGUUGACAGGACCUUGUGCAGUCGAAAGGGCGGUGUCCUUAACACUCCAGCUACCGUCAGGCUCCUUUGAGCCCUCCAUCGUUAACCUGAAAGUCUCUUCAAAGGGUAUCACACUGACAGACAUUAACAGGAAGCAGUUUUUCAGACGACAUUACCCCGCUCACUUGCUUAGCUAUGGUGGAAAUGAUCCAGAUGAUCGAAGAUGGCGAAAAGGGUCAACAUUUGGUGCAAGGAUGUUUGGCUUUGUGGCAAAAGGCGUGGAAGCAGGAAUGGAAAAUGUGUGCCAUGUUUUCGCUGAAUAUGAUCCUCUGCAGCCCUGCAGCCCAGCUGUCAAAGUUAUUCAGGCUGUCAUAGCCAAAUAACAAAAAGUACAAUUACUUCAAAUUUUAGAUGCUUUGCAUCAAUUGUCGAUACAGUUCAUUUUUUCAGGUAAUAAGUGCUUCGGGACAAAGCAACAUCACAUAAUAUUACCUAAAAGUAACAUCUUUAAAUGAGUGAAUGCAUUGUGAAUUAAUUUGGUACACCAGCUUGGAAUAGGAAGGAAAUCUUAUAACCUGAAUAGCUUCCUAAAUGCUAAAAUAGUGCAAAAGCGAUCCAAACAACUUCUUGAGUUUUAGUUUUCUAUAGUGUUUGGGCUUGUGUCAUUUAAUGGCUUUGUGUACACAGGCUGAAAUGAUGUUGUGACAUCAACAUGUUCUGGGAUGGUUUAGCUCCUCUGGGUCCUAGUCUGUCUUUGUCGGUACUAACAAAUACUGUCUGUCAAUUUCAAUAAUUUUCCACAGUGGUUUACAUGAAAUGUCACUUUGCAACUGUAGGGGAAGCUGUGGGGCAGAAAAUAAAACAUACUGUGGCACUUUAACAAAACUAACGGCUGAUAUGUAAGAUAAAUAAAAGUUCAAACUAUGUAUUUGGAUUAACAUAGGGAUGGCCAUGCACAUGAUGCAACCCCAUUAUAGGCAAAUUUUCACAGAUUCGUCUGUGGAAAAUACAAUACAUCGAGACGAACGUUUGUUUGUAGCAAACAUAUAACGUUUUCGUCAGCUUUUAUUAAGGCACAUGCAAAAUUUUGAAAAUGAAUGAAAAUAUUCUGUGCUAUUUGAUAUUCAAGAUACUUUAAUAUCCACUGCUAAAAAUAGGUAAAGGGAAAAUUUAUGUUUUUAGAUGUUCCCUCUAUUUGUUGAGCAAUGUACUAGUAUAGAGAAUUUAUUGUUGGUCUGUCUAAUGAUAUGAAUUGUCUAGUAUUGUGAUGAAAGAAUACAAUAUGAAUAAAUUAGUGUAAUCUCAAAGCAAAAACCUCGCAGGGAUAAACUGGAUAACACUAUUUCCUGUAUUGCACUACUGUACAUUUUAAACUGUCUUCUGUUCAUUUUGGCAAUGUACUUUUUGUUAUGAUGAAUAAACAUGUUAAGCUUCUGUCGAAAUGCACCAAUGUUAAUCAUAACCAUCAGCAUUGCAUCAUUUUCACUUUAUUUUUAAGAUGAAAAGAAAGCAUUCAGCUGUUACAAUAGAAGGCCUACUACAAAACACAGAGGGUGAGCAUUUUUCAGCCAGAAUGAAUGUUUCAACAUUGGUAGGGACUAUAUAACAGCAUAACCUGCAUGUACACU